AAUUUCAACAAGAACAGUAAAUGUCAGAUGUGACCCUUAAGUCUCUCCUAACCAUCCAGCCACACCCCCAUCCCCAUUUAUGAAUUUGAAGUGAGACUCCCCUCCCAUCCUCGGCCAAACUACAUGUCCUCAUUUGCACUUCUUUCUGAAAAGAGAGUGUUAAGCAUGUUUACUCAUCAAACCCUUCCGGCUUACCACAGUUAACUGGUAAGAUGAGUGUUUUGUUGGCUUACCUAAAAUUUGACAAGUUACAAACACCACACCCAUGCGAACACUGUUGGCAGGAACUCCCACUCGAAACCUGGAAUAGAAAAUCCUCUUCAUUCCACUAAAAGUUCUGUACAUGUCGGGAGACUAAAGACUGAGCUUCACAUAUAGCACCAUACACACACACUGUGUAUCUCAGCAGGAAAGGAGCCAGGAGUGGAGGGCAGGUAGUAUACUUGGAACUACAGAAACUUCCAGACCCAUCCUGUGUAUCAGGGAGACCACCCUCUGAUUUCCCGCCCUCCAUCAUCAGUCCACCAUGGGCCAGACCACCAGCAAACCCAAUUCUAACCUCUUCCAGAACUCCAAUUUCUUCUCCUCUUUUAAGCGUGGCUUCGCCAGCAGUCCCUCCGACGAUCAAAACAUGUCCCUUCGACCGAGCAUCUUCUCCACACUAAGGAAGCCCCCAAUCUCCAAACCCAACGAUUUCAUACCUCUAUUCAAUGAUUGCAUCUCUGCCGCAUCAUCCAGAACUCAAGAACACCUCCUCUUCAAAGACCCAGAGGACAAAUUCCACCCAAGCCCUGAGGUGCUCACUCAGGUCUUCCUGAUGACCUAUAUCUCUCAGAGCGUCAGCCUCAAUUUGACAGACGCCUUCAACUGCACGGCCAUGACGCCUGAGCAGCGCAUCCUCCUGGGGGCUGACUGGGUCUGGGCCGUGCUGGAGAAGCCCACCAAGAACCCUCGGAUCCAGAUUGCUGUGCAGGUCCUACACCUGCCUGACAGGGAGGACACCGAGGAGAACGGCAUCCCCCCGGAGGCCUUCAGCGAGUCUGUCCAGAUUGCCCAGAAGGAAUCCAGCAACAAGACAAUGUACGAGAGGAUAGUGGACUUCUGUACAUCCAUCGGCAAGGACUGCUACGCCCUCUUCUUGUUCUUGGGGAGGAAAAGCGACAAGGAGAAUAUCUAUGGCGUACUCAGCAACAACUUUGAGGCCGCCAUCGGGAAGUGUGACAAGAUCGACAGAGCUUUUAUUGAGAAUUUCUUCAAAGGUUCAAGGUAUCUCCAUACACCUCAAGGAAUGAUGCAGGCCAUUGUCACUAAGAAAGAGGGAGACCCUCUGACUCUCAUGAUUAAAUUCAGCUAAACCAAAGGAAUGCGUAAUAUAUAAUGGCUAAUAAGAUGAUACUGUAAUACAUUUUAUGUGGUAGAAAUGUGGGAGCUAUUGAUGUAUCUCUUGAAAAAACAACCUCCAGACCUACUAAGAUGUUGAGUUUGAUAAUGUACAAGGCCUUUAAGAGACAGUACUGGUUUUCAAUCUAUCUUAGUUGUUGUUGGCACUUCUUACAAGUUACAUAGUGUUUAAGUUUACUGGAUAACUGGUAACUGGAAAGCUAGGCAGAUGCUAAUGCAGUGUGAGACACUAACACAUUGGCAUUCUCAAAUGAUGAAGAUAUUAAUAACAUGGAGAGUUUUAGAAAAAAAAAAUUCUCCUUUAUGUUUUCUUAUCUAAUAUUGUUUAAAUGCUGUUACCAUGAUACAUUAGUAUACAGUGGGGUCAAAAAAGGUACACAAUUAAAUGUGUAUGUAUCAAACAUUUGUGAAAUAAAUCAAACUUUUUGAUGUUUAACACAUUAUUGGAUGAAUAAAAAACAAAUUGUGAAUCUCUUUUAUUAUUGUCACAUAGUAUAUAUCAUUUAAAAAAAAUACACAUCUCAACAUGUA